ACCCAUGUUAAACGCAACCGAAAACUGUGAGAGCAUGAGAAAACAUCACAACUAAAUCGAAAUUGAACAAUAAACAUAUUCGCUUAAAAUAAUACGUUAAAUAAUAGUUCACGCAGUUUUUUUGUUUAUGUUUUUAUUUACUUUUUUUUUCCAACGAGGAAUUUGAAAUCGAGCUCUGUUGAUUUCACUUAUAAAUAGUGUGUGUUUUAAAAAAAUUGUGUAUAAAAACAGUGUUGUACAUGAUUAUUGUUGAUCCGAUAAUAUGACAAGUUAACAAUGGACGAAGUGGAUUCUUCACUAGCACAAAUCGAUCCUCCUCCCGCAGAAGAAAACCAAGUUUCUUCUAACGAAACCAACAUUUUCAACGAUAGCGGAGGCGAAAUCGAAGCAGACAGCACAAUUCACGCUUUCAACAUUUCAAAUAUCACAGUAAUAGAAAAUCCUAAAAUAAAAAAAUCCUCGCAAUGCGAAGGCAGCGAUAGCGGAGUCGAAGUAAUCGAAAAUGUGGAUAAUACAGAAAACGGCGCUUACAGACGCAAUUUAAGUACCGUAUCUCAAGAUGCACGAUCUUGUGAUUCUUCAAUAAUUAGUUGUUAUUCUAACUACGACGAAGCGUACAAUUUACUCGUAAGAAAAAAUUCAACUUUACUCGAAGAUUAUCGUCGACACGACGACGUUACCAGCGAAAACGGAAGCGAAAGUUCAUCGCUCAGUGGAUCAAACAUUAGAACAAAUAGAAGAACUUCGAUAAAUAAUAGUAAAAAGAAAAAUACCGCGACCGAUACAAGAACCAAAUCGUCUACAAGAAAUAAUAGAUCUAGUUGUAAACCUCCCGUUACACCUAGGACUUCAACAGGACCAGCGCGAAUCAAAUCUAUCGAUAGAUUACAAGCCAAAUCCUCUCCAAGCACAAAAUCUAAUCAGAGGACCAAAAAUACUCCUAAUAAUUUAGAUAUUAAUAAACGAUUGUCUCCAGCUACGGUACGUAGUCCUUCCGGAAGCAGAACACCGACAACUACAGUUGCCGAUGAUGGACGGUGGCCGUCUAUCAACAGUAAACCAGCGCCUCUUAUGUCAAGAUCAUUAAAAGGAACCAUAGAUUGCACGAAACAUAAAAUGACCCCUUUAGAUACAAAAACUAUAGAAAAAUACGCAACACUUCCUAGACAGAAAAAAGGUAACGACAAUAAUAAAGAAACUAAAAAACCUGCUAGUAGAGAGAACACUCUUCAUCGUUUGGCAGUUACUAAACAGAGAGAUAGUACAUCGAAAUUAAUAAACAGUUCAGCGUACAUCCCGAAAUGUAAAAUCAAAACUAGAAUAUACCAUGAAAAUAGCGUUCAAACGGCUUUAACUAAUACAGAUAUUGAAAACGCUUUGGCGGGAAUAACGAUUAAACCUAAAGAUCCUCAAGACACUGAAACGAGCGAUAAGGAUGUUCAAGUCGAUCUAAUGUUGGCGGAUAUGGAAACGUUACAUGACAGAUUAGGAAAGUUGACUGAAAAAUACGAAACAUUACAAAAAGACUACAAAUUGCAGACUGAAAAACUCAAAGAGACUGAAGAUAAAUUAAGAGAAGAAAGUAUAGAAAAGCAGGGUUUGAAAGAAGAACUGCUUAAUAAUUCUCAGCGGGUGAUGGCCAUAUUAGGGGGAGAAACGGAAGAAUUAAAUACUGGUCCCAAUGAUAGUCUUCUAGUCCUUGAAACCAAAUUUCAAAAUGUAGGUCAAGUAGUUAUUCAACAAGAAGAGGAAAUAUCGAAAUUGAAUGCAUUAUGUAGAACGCUGCAAAUGGAAUUAGAUAAAAACAUGGCCGUACAAAAAGCGCUGGUACAACAGCAACAAGAUUUGGAAUUAGAAAGUUUGGAAUUACAAGAUUUUAUGCAAGCGGAAAAAUUAACACUGCAAGACGCUUUGAAAGAAUCCGAAGCCGAAGUGAAACGACAAAAUCUAAUCAUACAAGCCAAAAAAAACGAAAUAAUGACUAAACAAGAAGAAAUUAACCGACUGACCAAACAAAACGAACAAAAAAGACAAGAAAAUGUAAGUUUACAAGCUAGACUAGGAGUAUUGGAAUCUAAAAGUAGAGAACUUUUAGUACAUCAGGGAAGCUCGGUGUCUGGUGCGGCUGUAGCCUUGUCAGCUCUAAUAGGAAGACUGGAUGGACUUGUUGAAGAACUGGUAGUAGCUUACAGCAUUUCUGAUCAAGAACUAGAGGAUGUGAUUUUCCAUAAUGAAGCUUAUAAGAACAGCAGCAGUAGUCCAGAGUCAACUCCAGAAAAAUCGAAAAAAAUAUUUAUUGAUAAAUCACCUUCUCCUUCCAAGGGUUCAUCAUUUGUCUCAGCGGUUAUUAACGCGAUUAAAAGCGCAGCACAAUCGCCAUUUGCCUUAAGAGAUGUUAGCAAAGACACGCUAUCGACCGACCACUCCAGUUCGAACGAAAUGCUAGAUUCGGAAACUGAACCGUGUUUAAUGAUGGAACAUGUUCUUGAAGACGUGGUAAUUCCCGACGGACAUUCUCAUAAUUUAGUAUCGUCAGGUCAUGGUAGUAUGAUGAGCUCCCGUUUGACUCAAAGCGAAAGCCUCAAAGACAUAUCUCAAAACCUUUUGAGCAGGCAAAUGUCCGAACCCGCAAGUAUGAGUUUUUACGGCAGCCUCAAUACUUCAUAUACCAGCGAUUUGAUUUCGUUGAGCGAAUUUUUCCCUUCAAUCUCACUCGUUGAUCAAGUCAUCGAUGUCGAUAAUCUUGUUACAAGAUUGCUUAAAGUGAUUAGAAUUAUUCAAAUGGAGAAUGAAGACUGUAUGAACGAACUGCAAGAGCAAAGAGAUAAUCUUCUGGAACAGGUAGAUAAGCAAAAGGAAACAAAUAAAGUUGUAGUGAAGCAAUUAAAAGAUUGGGAAAUUCUUGGGGCGAGAUUAAAAACGGAAGUAAAGGAACUGAUGCAACAAAUGAGUAAAAAGAAUACAGAGAUGGACAAUUUGAAAGGAGAGUUGAAUAAGCAGAGGGAAGAAGUUGAGAAAUUGAAUCAAGACGUUUGCGAACUAUCAACAGCUUUAUCAAAAGCUGAAAUGCAGAAUAAACUAAAGGAAGAGGAAGUUAGUAAAGAAAUUAAAAAAUGGGAGAAAACAGGCGAAGUUCCUGCUCCUGAAAUUUUAGGAAGGCUCAUCACUACUCAAAACGAGAUCCCUAUUCUCAAAGAACAGUUAAACGAAAAAGAAAAACGUUUAAAUGAAUUGACUCAGGAAUUUUUGGUUGGCAAACAAGUUUUAUCGGAAAGUUUAAAGGAAGCAGUUAACGAAUCUAAAAAACAAUACGACGCCAUCGAUAAUGCUUUAGAAGUAUUACAUAGUAUACAAACGGUAGUUCAACAAUGUGGACCUCUAUCGAAACUACAACGGGAUUUGGAGGAAUUGAAUUUCCAGAGCGCGUCGGCGGAUUUCAACGCCAAUGCUGCCCUUUUACAAGCUGUUGUCAACAUGGAAAUUACGCCUACAAUUAAUACAACUGCCUGAAGUGACUUUCGUCUCGAUCACAAUUUAAUUAACGAAUUUUUAAUUAGGUCAUAAUAAUAAGACUAAAAACAACAAAAAAAAUCAAAAUACCAGAUAAAUGGCAUAUAUAAGUUUGCAAAUAUAUAGUAUGACAUAGUUGCCACGUUGUAAUUUUUUUUCCGGUCAUUAGAUCGAAUAAUAUUCAAUUACUGUUUCGGAUAAUAAUUUUCUUUCCCCUGACAUCACUUACACAUCAGGUAUCUUUCAAUGGCCGUUAUAGGGUAUUUAACAAAAUUUGAAAAAGUGUUUAGAAUGAUAUUUAUGUACCUCUAAUUUGACAUACAAAAUGAUUGUAAUUUUUUAUAUCAUCAUAUUUAAUGCCAAGAUUUUUUUAAAAAUAAUUUUCUGUAUAAACUUCUCCCUAAAACUCUCAUUAUCAAUAUGGCGAUGCAGUGACGUAAGUACAUAGUAAAAUUGUAAACAGUUACAGUUAUUAUUUCUGAUCAAGUAAAAAAUAUUUCAAUUGAAUUUUUAUUUUUAAUAAAUAAUGGAAAAACAAUGUUUAUUUUAAGAACUUUCAAAAAUGUCACUUUCAAAUACCCUAUUUUCUCUACAAAUGUUAAAUUUGCAAACUUAACGUUAAAACCCUUUAGUAUUUUUUACUUGUAUGUCUUUUUUUAUGUAAUUUGUGAAAGUGGCACACACUCUAGUAAAAACAACCCCUCAAAAAAAGGUAUUAUCAUUUGAAACAACUUCUUAUUACUUAACACAAUAUCUAUUUAUUAACGAGUGAUAACGGAUUUUCAUUCUUCAACCUCAUUUUGCUUCUACUCUUAACCAUUCAACCAUAAAUUAUAUUUUACAAAAACACUGUGGAACAAAGUCACACACACAAAGAAAAUGACAAAAAUUACUUUGUUGUCGAACAAACUAGUGUUAUAUAAUACAUGAAUUAUUUUUGUAGUAAUAGUAAUCAGUUGGAUUUUGUGUCUGCUUCGGUGAAGCAGUUGAUUUUUAAGACAAGCAGAAGGUUUAUCUAUGUGUUCCUUAGCUUGUCUCAUACCAGCUGUUUCAAUUCAUCUUUGAAGAGUCUCCUUUACGGAAUAGAUUACUCAGAGAUGUGAUAGCUACAUCAAUAAAAGAGGAUUUUACUGAUCCCAAGUGAAUAAAGUUUGUUGUUACUCUUAUUGCCAGGGUCACCGGGUGCCCAUGCACCUUCCUACCUUUUUCCAGUUCUUUUAUCAAUAUUUACGUUUAUGUAAAUAUGUAAAUUCCAGUAUCAGUUAUUCGACCAAAAUGAGUGAACAAAUCACAUUCAACAAGUAUAAUAAUGUUAUAUAAAGGGUGUUUUCAGAAUUUUGACACUCAAAUGAUUAAUUAAAGGAAUAUUUUAAACUUGAAGAAAAGAAAAAUUAAAAGAUAUUUAAAUAUGAGGUUGUAUUGCACUCCGGUAGGUUAACCAUUAUUACCGGUAACUUCCGGGUAAUUCAGGAAGGUUGGGAACCCUACCUAUAACUCAUAAAAUAUAUGGUUGUGGCUAGAAAAAUUCAGUUUUUAGUAUUUAGUACAUAUCUUUUUUAAUAUGCACACUUUAGACAGAAAAAACAUUAAUUCCUUCAAUUGCUUUUUGUAUUUGGUGAUGUCUUUUAAAGAUUAAAAAUAUAUCAGUCAAUUUAUAUACUGAAUUGUAAUUAUUAGUAACCAGUAUUCAUAUUUUGUUAAACAACAUUCGCGUUGGGCGACAAAAAUUCAAUUCAUUCCAUAUCGUUUAAAGUUUACGAUUAAAAAAGAUAUUUUUUUUUUUCGUAGCUGCUUAUUAAUCAUUUAGUUAAGACUGUUGGGAUAUAUUUGGCAAAAAUCAAAAGUUUUCUUUCUAAUUUUAGUAAUUAUUAAUAUAGAUGUUGAAAUUUGUUAUAUAGAUAUAGAUGUGUUGAAAAAAAUUUAUUGUAGAUCCUAUUAUUGGACUUCCCCCGGUAAUAAAUUAAACAAAAAGGCUGAACGAUGCCAUUUCAGAGUGAGUCUUAUGAAUAUGGUUGAAAUCAAUGAUAAAAAGAAAUAUUUAUUAUAGAACAUUAUUAGAAAUUUUCCGAAUAAAAGUGGCACAGUCAGUAGGAUAGUGAAACGAGCGUUAAUGAAAAUAACAUUCGGUUCGUAUCUACGAUUCAUUGACUAUUCAAACAAGUCAAGUUAGCUAGGCGAAUUGAAUAACCCAACUAGAAAAUCUGUGUUGUACUAGAACCUGGAAGAAGUAAGAGGAUAAUGUACGUUCCUAUUCAAGCCGAUGGAAAGGACCUCAAAUACUCAUAUUUUGAUUCUCAAAAUACUAAUAUCAAAAUUAAAUUAAAAUUAACUUCAUCAAUUGUAAUAACGAAGUCUUGAACCAAAUCCGAAAUCAUCGAAUUAUUAAAUUCAAUAAUUCAAAAAACGCAGCAUCUUUCGAGUCAUUUUCUUAGUUUCAUUUUAACAAUAAUACCCCAAAAUCUGGAUUCUGGAUAAUAUAUGUUGGAUUUUAACUGUUUAGGUCUUGAAAAUAUUUCUUGAACAAUAUUAGGUCAAUUAUUUGAAUUUUUAAAACCGUUUUCAUAAAAUUCACUCAUUUGUGUUAAAAACGUCCACAAAGUCGUAAGUUGUAUGAAACUUAGAAUGAACGUUCGGAAACUAUAGUAAUAAUUCUUUUUGUUGUAUGAAACGUUAUGAUGGAUGUUUGAUAAUAGUAAUAAAUCUUUUUACUGUGUUUUUAGCAUCGGGCUUCGAAAAGAUGUACCAUUUUAAGAAUAAUUUGUUUUAAAAUUACUUUAUACGUACCUUUUGAUCAGAAAAAUAUACACUAUGAAGUUUAUCUAUCUAAGUAAAUCAUUUUAAGACGAUGAACAACUCAUUUACUACCACUGCAUUAACACUAUCACUAUCAUAGUGUAUGAGUACAGUCUUUGAAGAUAAUCAUUCGGUUUCCAAUUCCUAUUUCGUGCACUAAAUGGUGAAAAUACUAUAUAAAAUCGAUUGAAUAUUCUUCAACCGUAGGCAUGAGAAUCUUUAUUUUCCACAAUUUGGAAAUUUACUUAACUACCUUCCCAUCUUUGACUUUUUUAUAUCUUCUAUUUUAGCAUAUCCAACCUAAAAUGAAGUUGAAGACUGCUAUUCUUUGAAACAAUCUACUGCUUUGACGUCGUUUUUCCCCAAAGCAGAGCAGAUACUCGAUCGCCUAUUCUUCUUUGUUAAAUUAUAAUAGUUGCAACAGUGCAAUGUCCAGUGCGCAUUCCGAAAGUCUUCUAGAUUGAUUUAUUGGCGAUUUUUUUGUUGUAUCCUUGCCUAAAUCACUCUGGAUAUCAUGCAAUCACUUCUAUAUGAUCAUUUACUUGAUGUUUAGUUCUAAUUUCUGUGUCAAUAGCAUCUUUCGACAACUCCAUUUGUAGUAGUACUGAACUGUCUUUAUCCUCGUUCUACAUUUACAAUUCCCUUUGAUUAUUUUACAGUUUUUUUGGUACAAUAAAUUAUGAGACUCCAUGUAGGUAUAUUUUUCUGAUAAAUUUGAAUAAAACAUCACAAAAUUGCCAUUUUUUUAUAUUCAAUAUUUUAAAGUGCACUAAUCACAUUCGAUGAACAAAUUAAUGUAUAGGAAGUAGCAACAUUAAAAAUAAAAUGAUGGUAAAUCGAUGAAACUUUGUUUAGUAAUAAUACUAAUUUUAAUUAAUUUUGCGUUCGUCAUUUUAUUUUUUGGUGCUUCUGACAAAAUUCAUAUUUUUAGAAUGUACUAUAUUGCCAUUAUAAUUGUAAAUACAUUUAUUUAUUAUUA